GUGUUUUAGAUUUAAAGAUUAAUCGAUGACGGAUAUCACACGAGCUUACCGUCUUCUGAUUCUUUUCACGGAUUUAAGUCUAUCACAGUUUGAAGAGAAGGUUUUUUAAACAUUACUGACAGGUCCUGACMGAACGAAUAGUCGAGUGGAUUUCAAGAUUGAUGGGRAAAUUCAACGCAAKGAUGAUGCAUUUGAAUACUGUACUUUGAUCUUUCAUUUUGCUCCACGUGUUUUCUUAARYCCCGCGGGGAGAGCGGUGUAAUUAAAAAGCUCCACGUCUGACUAUUAUAUCRGUAGGRACAAUUGUUACACAACUGACGACUAAGAAAAUGGCUGUAGAAACUACUAAAGACUACCAGACUUUUUUCGACCCCAUGGUCUACUUACUUAACUGUUUCGACCAGCCCCAAAAAGACGCAUUCGUUCUCCGUAGACUCACUGAUUUCUGGAUACAGAUUGCAAAGGAUGGCAGAAAGUUCACAAAUAUGCUCGAAUAUGGYACUGGACCGGUCGUGUCGAGAUUAAUCAAUGCAGCUAAACAUGUUCAAAGUAUCAUAGCUGCUGAAUAUCUACCAGCAAAUCGACAGGCCAUGGAAGACUGGAUCAAUCAAGACCCAAAAGCAUUCAACUGGAGACCGACUUUUGAAUACGUGGUGCAGAAGCUGGAAGGCAUGACACCAGAUGAAGUUGAGAAACGUGAAGCAGAGGUCCGAGAGAAGAUCAAAGCAGUUGUACAUUGCGAURUUAAAGCAGAAAAUCAUCUAGAAAUUCCAAGUGAAAUCUCUGCCAAGUACGGCCCGCCAUUUGACAUCGUUAUGACCUGUUUUUGCAUUGAAGCUGCAGUCGAAAGCGAGAAAGAAUAUAGAAAUCAAAUAGCAUAUCUUGCUGGACUACUUCGCCCAGGUGGUUAUCUAGUCAUGCAUGGAGUAGUGAAAGAAAGAUUCUACAAGGUCGGAGAUAAGCUGUUUUAUUCUUUUCCUUUGAUGAAAGAAUGGAUAUUGGAGAGUAUGAAGGAUGCCGGUCUUAAAAACAUUAAUUUUGAUUUAUUUUCUUCCAACUUUUCUCGUGAAGAAUUUUCUAGUGUUUAUCCAAUAGAAGACCUGAAAUCUGGACUGAAGGAUCACUAUUCCGUGUAUGGACAACUAUGUUAAAAUAAAAUGUGGAGACGAAUUAAACAAUUUUAGGUUUUCUUUUCUAUUUAUAUGAAGUUUUGACUAAACCUUAAUCUCAGUUAAUUUCACGAAAAAUAACAGCAUCAUCAUCAUCAUCAUCAUCAUCAUAUUCCCUACUAUAUGCUUUGAGUAGUCUGACAUCCACUAGUCGAAUUAGUUGUUAUAUUUAUCGCGAUGAUUUUAUCU